AUGUUAAAUAAAUUUCUUUUUCCAGCACCAAAACCACCUAAUUAUACAUUAGAAUCACAUAAACAUAAUUUGUUUUGGUUACCUACUGAUUCAACUAAUGAAUCAUCGUCUAUACCAUGUAUGUUCUAUUCACCUGAGUAUUCAAAUCGAGAAAUUGAAUAUUUUAUGAUAUUUUGUCAUGGUAACGGUUGUGAUAUUGGUUCAAUGCAUUAUACUUUAAGUGAAUUUAGUAGACAUUUAAAUGUUUAUGCUAUAAGUUUUGAAUAUCCAACAUAUGGAUUAUGUACAGCAUCAUCACCGAAUCAAGAAACAAUUAAUAAUCAUGCUGAACAAGCAUUUAAUUUUGUUUCGAAUACUCUUAAUUGGCCAAUUGAAAGAAUAAUUAUCUAUGGACAUUCAAUUGGUAGUGGUGCUGCAUGUUAUCUUGCAUCUAUGCACUCAAUAGGAGCAUUAAUUUUACAAUCUCCUUAUACCGCUAUAAAUAGUUUAGUACGAGAAAAAGCGGGUGUUCUAUCAUAUCUAAUUCGUACUCGUUCAUGGGAUAAUCUCGAAGCUAUGAAACAUAUACAAUGUCCAGUACUUUUCAUACAUGGCUUAGAUGAUACACUUAUACCACCGAAUCAUUCACAAAUCUUAUAUGAUGCUUGUUUAAAUCAUGAAAGAAAAAAAAUUAUUUUAUUACGUAAUGAAGAUCAUAAUUCAAUAACAGAAGCAACACUUUUAAGAUAUAUAACACCAUUUAUAGAAAAACAAUGUAAACCAAUGAAUACAGAUAUACGUUUACCUGUAAUCAAAAUUGAUAAACAAUUACGUGAAUUACCUGAAAAUCUAACAUCAAAAGAUGUAGAUAAUUCAACUGGUGGUAUUUUAACUUCUUUAUAUUCCAUAUCAAGAGCAUCAACAGCUGCAACAAGUUCAGCUCUACGAAAGAUGACUAGUAAAGAUCAAAAUCAAUCGGAUGAAGAUGAAUAA